UGGCAGCAAUGGGUUCUAUAAGAAUAAAUGUGACCUGGAUGUUGUUUCUUAAAAAACAAAAUCAACUAUUCAGCAUUUCUAAACUUUAUUUUAUAUAUAGCCUAUAUAAAAAAAAUUACAAACAUCAAUGACACAUGAUGAUUUCAUUAAUGUUUAAUUCAUUACAAACAUUAAAACUUCAUUAUUUUCAGGUUUUAUUAAGUGUAAAGAUUUUCUCCUUCAAAGCAUAAAUCAGUUUAAAAAAACUGAAGGAAUGCACAUCGCCUGCUGCCUUUAAAGUCAAAUUGUUGGAUCUGUUGUUUCCCAGACUUUUGAUCACAUGAUCCACAUUUUGUUAAUAAAAAAAUUACGUGUUUUUAUUGAGGUCUCAUGUUUGGACUGAGGAGUAUUUUUGUUUCCUGGUUGGAAGUUGAGUCCAGUAUGUUCUGUAUGUGGGACACUCGAUCUGUCCUCCCUGUGACUGAUAAACAUGGACACAUGGAGGAGGAGGGGGCUGUGAGGAGGAGGAGGGGGGAGCUAUAAAACUGUGGAGGAGCUGAGCCCAAAUGUUUGACUGAACUCAUCCUUCCGGUUCUGUAAAGACCCAGCGGUCCUCUGGUGUCCCCUGAUGCCGUGGGUGCUGUCCUCUCCGCUGGACACCCUGUCCCCGUCCCAGCGGCACUGUGAGCGGACGGCCUUCUCCUUCUACCGCGCGGUGCGGGAGCGGCUGCCGGUCUGGCUGCUGGAGGACAUGCGCAGCAUGGAGGUCCUCUGCUGGAACGACGGGCGCCCGCGGGCCUUCCUGCCCUCCGAGGCGCUGCUCUACGCUCUCGUGCACGACCACCAGGACUACGCACGCGACCUCCUGGGCAGGUACUCCGUGAGCGCCCUGGCGGCGCCGGGCUGCAGCCUCUGCYGCUGCGGCAGGAGCGCGCCGCACCUGAACGUGGCGGUGCGCUACAAGCGCGCGGCCAUCCUGCGCAUGAUGCUGGAGGCGCUGAGKGACUGCGAAGGGGCGCGCGAGCGGCGGGAGUACCUGGACGGYCGCGGCGGCUGUCCUCACUUCGCGGACGCGGGAAAGAGCGCGGUGCAGCUGGCGGUGGAGCUGUCCGACCCCGGCUGUCUGCUGCAGCUGCUGCGGCACGGCGCGCGUCCCGACGCGCUGGACGUGGCGCUGCAGAACCUGGUUUCCCGCGACGCCUCGGAGCGACGCGACGCGCGGCGCUGCCUGGACCUCCUGCUGCUCUUCCUGUCCGAGCCCCCGCGCCUGCCCCGGCUGCAGGACGACCCGCAGCRCUGGCAAGGCAUUCUGGGAAAGAAGGUGUUCACCUGGCUCUGCGGCCUGGCCCCGCCCCCACUCCUGAUCCAGGCGCUCAGGUGUCUGGCCCGAUCCGGACCGGACUGGAUCAGUUUACUGCCGGACUUCCUGCAGCAGGGCGGCUGGCAGUGAGGA